GUGGGAGAAAGACUGAAGUUACUUCACAGAUUCACUUUGUAAAGAUGGGGACAUUUGGGGGCGUGGCCUCUUCUCUCCACAGAUCUACACUCAUCAGCUGGUGUUUGCCUGAGUCACCUUUGACCUCUGCAGGCACACACACACACAUUCAGAUGUCUUCCUCAGACAGGUCACAUGACCACACCUCAGUGAGUCCACAGUCCAUCUCUGAUGAAGGACACAUGAGACCGUCAGAGGAUGUGGACGAGGAGGUGUUUGUCCUGCCCAGGAGCAGCCCGGUCAUCUCCAGACACCGAAGACACGUCCACACGUUCUGUCGUCCAUCAAGCGUGGACGUGGACACGUCGCCGUCUCUGAGUGGACGUGACUCAGAAAUGGUGAGACGCAGAGACACUUCCUGUCCUCGCUCGACUCUGAACCACUUCCUCAACUCUUUUUUCCACCUGCCGUUCACCGGACAACAGCGCGAAGCCCCGCCCACCGCAGAAGGAACAGGUCACAGACACAGGUGCAGCAGUAAUUUCCCAGAAUUCUCUGCAGAAAUCUACGAGACCUGCUGUGAACUGGAGAAGGAAAUGGCUCACCUGGUGGUGGUGGACAAGGUGCUGGAAGUUCUGGAGAGUGUGAAGUUUACACUGAGCCUCGAACAACAGACGACAAACACACACACACAUGAACGCACACAUGAACGCACACAUGAACACACACAUGAACACACACACACACAUGAACACACACAUGAACACACACAUGAACACACACAUGAACACACAGACGGUCGUCGUCAUCCAAACACCUUCUCUGUUCUCUCCACUGACAGCGGCUUUGAAGACAGUGGAGAAGUCGUGAAGUUGAUGCCACCAGAUUCUCUGAGAAGUGCAGAGUGGUUGGCACAGCAGCUGGUGCUGGAAUUCAGGAGGGUGUGGCUUCCUUCCCAUGAACCUCGGCGUGGACGUCAGAGUCUGCGCAGUUCUUUGCAGGAGUUGCCUGGUACAGGAAGUGUGGCAGCGAGGGGCGGCGGCCUUAAGGAGGAGAUCAGUGUGAGGAGCAGGAUGAGAGGAACGCUGAGCUGGACGCCUCCACGCUUCCAGAUCCUCCUCAAUGUCCAGCCGACACUCAGACGCAGCGACGUCAUGGCCUCACAACACUUCCUGUGUGCAGGAUGUGGAACGGAGGUGGAGCCUCGAUACAUGAAGAGACUGAGGUACUGUGAAUACCUGGGCAGGUAUUUCUGUGAAUGUUGUCACGCUGGAGCUGAAGCUGUGAUUCCUGCUCGAGUUCUGUCCUGCUGGGACUUCAACAGAUAUCCAGUGAGUGAUUUCUCUAAACAGCUGCUGGACUCGGUCUGGUCUCAGCCGCUGUUUGAGCUGAGCUGCAUCGCUGAGAUGCUCAGCAGCGGCAGCAGCAGCAGCAGCAGCAGCAGCAGCAGCGGAGUGAAGGAGCUGGACAGGUUCAGGGAGCUGCUGGAGCAGCUGCUGGACGUCAGGAAGCUGCUCACACACUGCAGGUUCUCAGGAAGCGUGACGUCGGCGUUGUCGCAGCUUCCCUCUCACCUGCUCUCUGAGCGACCGCCGCUCGUCUCCAUGGACGACCUUCAGAGGCUGAGGAGAGGUCAGCUGAUGACCCUGACCCGAGCUGUGCUGCAGUCUGCGCUCGGACACGUGGAAGACUGUCAGCUUUGUUUGGCUCGAGGUUUUAUCUGCGAGUUCUGCAGAGGGGGUGGAGUCAUCUUUCCCUUCCAGAGCGACACGUGCAGUCGUUGUCCAGUUUGUAAAACCUGUUUCCACAAAGUGUGUUUGGGAGAAAAGUCGUGUCCUAAAUGUGAACGAGUGAAAUCACGGAGAAAAGUCACAGAAGAAAAACAAGAAAAGUCUGUAAAUCUCAUGUAAACAAAGAUGAUUCUCUACUUACUAUAAAAAUCGAUUUAUUAGAAGUAACAAAUAUAAAGUUAUUGAAAAGUCAACUUACUUUAAAUUGUUUGUAAAAUAAUUACAAUCAUAAAAGUGUGAUUUUAGUUUGAUUGUUCUGUAAAGU